AUGCCUUUCAAGAGAAUGCUCGCCAAGGCACCGAUGCUCCAGAAGAACUGCUCAAGUACACUCUACCGCGGGUGUGCGGUUGUUAACCUGUGGAUACCCAGUCCUGCAACAGCGGACGCUGCCGAUGCCCAGGUGAGCCACGGACUUGGUAUAUACGACGAGUUCGCAACAUAUGGGACUAACACGAACUUAUCGAGCUAUGGAGAACCAUUAACCGAUUUCAUCGACAACCUCCACACCUUCCAAACCCUCCAAGCGCGCAUCCAGCGCUCCCGCUCCCAAACCCCAGUCGCUCAUUCUGGUCGUACCCACCCUUCCUCAUCGCUACUCACGUUUCCCAGCUUAGUUCUACCCACCUUACCCAACAUGAUCCAUGGCAUCCAUGGCCUUGGCAAGCGACUAUUGGCCAUCUACCGACUAGCUUGGUACUGGCGUCACUAG